UACAACUAUAAUGCAAAGACUUCGAGUCAAUAGAAACGUAGGCUUUCACUUUUCAGUUCCAGAUCUCCUCGUCGGCUCAUUUCUUUGGCUCUUUGGCCUCUCCUGGCUCCGGAAAGAUGAUUGACGAUGAACAGCUGGGAUUUCUUGCCAAUUUUCUAGGCAUUUUUAUAUUUGCACUGGUAAUUGCUUACCAUUACGUGAUGGCUGAUCCAAAAUAUGAAGGAAACUGAAAGGAUAUGCUGAGCUAAUGUAUGCACUUUUAGAUGUGAACCUAGAUUAUAUUUGUACCAUGUUAGUUUUGUUUGCACAACUGUUGUUUUCAUCAAUCUUGGUAUUUCUACUAAUGAUUGACCUAUAAUUCAAUUUUCUUAAGAUUUGAUGCAUAUAACAUUGUUCUUCGAUGCAUUUAGUGAUACUUCAUUAAGCAACCCUUAUACAUGCAUGCACAUACAUGACAUGUUCCCUGCAAUUCUUCCUGUUGUUAACAUCUUUAACAAUACUAUGAACAAAUUAAACAUUGAAGAUUCAUUCAUUUCCUUCCAAGG